AGUGUCAGCUGUUUCUGACAUGAGUGAUUUGUUUUCGUCAUUAUUUUUUAGUCCAAAAGAAAACAGAAAUCAUGUGAAUUAUAAAUAGACGUGUUAAUUAAGGUAUAUUAUAGAAAUUUUACAAUCAAGAUGUGUACGACUCCACCUUCACCGCCGCCGCUACCACCGCUAUGUCCGCCCGGCACACAUUCACCCAAAUCCUGUGAUAGUUCACCCACUUUUAGUUAUUCGGAUGUGUGCGAAUGGGCUUCCCAGGAACCUCAGCUAUGGGAAGUGUGUGCUAAAAAUAGUUUAUGUCUCCACGCAGCUCCAUUUCAAUAUAAAUACAAACAUUUUGAGUCGAUUAUGCAAAUAGGACCAACCUGUGGAUUAGUCGCUCUUUCAAUGCUUCUAAAUGGAGAAGUCAGCCCCGACGAACUGCUGAACAUCACUAAAAUGGAAGGUUAUAGUAACAACGGGGAGAUGUUUAGCUGUAAAGACAUGGGCCAACUGGCUGAAAAGGCUAUAAGUUUGGCUGAACUAGAGAACAUUAAUUUCUUUGUGAAGACUGGUGAUUUAUUUAGUGAAGAAAUUAUUCUAAAGCUUUUAAAUGGUGCUGUUCUACUAGUGCCCUAUGAUGCAGAUUUCAAUCAUUCACCAUGUCAGAGGCAUGGUCACACUGCACACUGGGCGCUUGUUUGUGGUAUAGUAGUAGUGUCAGACCCAGGAGGAGACUACAUAUCAGAUCCAAAGAAUGUCUAUGUGCUGUGCAGGCAUGGGAAAUCAAGAUUCCUUGCUGCGUGGACAUUGGACGAAUUAGAUAAAAGUAAUAAAAAUUUAUGGGAGUUUUCCCCAAAGAAACAGGAAGAUGGUUUGUUGUAUGUGCUUCCAGAUGGGGGGGUGGGUGGUGAAAAUGGUUUGAGAGAUCAAUUUUUGAUAUUUAACGGUUUGUAAGACUAAUUUUAAGAGUAACUUAUUAAAUUAUAUUAUGGUUUAUACUGCCUCAAGUUAAA